UUGUGUUGGGUUUACUCAACCGUGUCUAUAAUCCAAUGACUAGGUCCCCUUCCCCAAAGGAAUCUCCCAACUCAUCUGCCAAUGUUUCAUGUUUGUGUUUUACCUUGCAUUUUCUUAGUGACAGUUACCGGUCUUCCUCUAAAAACACCCCAGCAAAAAGGAAGGUGACUCGUGAAUGGAACCACACUCCUCCUGUGUUUCUGUUAACGCCGGUCCACCAGAAGAAGACUUCAGGAAUCCCUUCACGAAAGGUUGCCUCCAAGCUACGUUCUCCAUCUUCCCAAGAUUCCGGUCGGAAGAAUUCCAGGGCAGAUGCCCUCAGUGUCCCCUUGACUCUGAAAACAUUGAAGGAGAUGGUUGACAGCACCAAACAGAUUGCUUUGAUUGCCGCCUGCCGUCGCUCCCAAGUACAGGAGAAAGAUCUUGGCAGGAAGAUCUCCUCCGCACACUAUUUGGGAGAGGAGAAGAUGGAAUCGCAGCAGACUAUUUUCACCCCAGAAUAUCGCUCCAAAGGCAUGGCCACCAUCAGUGGCCUUGGAGGAAUGUUCCAGAGGAAAGUUUGGACACACCACCCGGUUGAGAAUGAAGGAGACAAAGAAGCAUUUUGGGAAAGGAAAACAGAGAAGAAGGGAUCUCUUGAACCUACUUCUUCCGGGAUUUUGCAGAUGAAACACUGGUCCCCCUCCAGUCAGGACAGCAAUGGCCCAGGAAGCCAGAGGCCACCAGCCAAAUCCCCAAAUGGUUCUAUAGCAAAUCUUUCCCACAUCUUUCCAGCUCCCACAAAACUCAACUUUCCCGUUGGACAUCAAACAGAAGAAAACCCACCACAGGACCUGAUAGUAAACCACAUGGGACCUAGCACCAUCCAGCAGAGUAACUCCAACCAGCCCCAAGGCCAAGUUCUCCAGAAACAAGUCAAAGGGCCCGUUGAGACCGUUGGUGGAUAUCGGAAGCAGCAGCCCGUUACUCACUCGAAGAAGCCAGGAAAGCCGAAAUAAUCGCAACUGGCUGGGAGACCAUCGUUAUCAGUCAAGCCCAGAAGGAUUGGCUUUCCCCAAGAUACUGAGAGACAGUAGGAGAGAAGUUGGUGGAUUGUGUGAAUGGUGGUAGCAGGAACUCUGGGUUUUCGCCCCUGAACCAAAGGGCCACCCACCCAGUUCCGAGAACAAGAAUCCCACUCUACUGCUUUCACCUAAGGCCAUUUUAAUUUCUCACAACGGCCAAUCAGAUGCUUCUGAGAUGCUCACAAGCAGGAGAUGGAGAGAUGUUCCUCUGCCCCAUCACCGUUACACCACACCUUCUUCCCAACAUAGAGGUAGCACGGGGUCUUCCACAUUAACACCCCUGAGUAAGCAACUCACAGCAGUUUAUUCAGUGACCGUUUGGCUACAGCGGCACCGAAAGAAAGGGACUUACCGCCCUUUUUCAGACUUGCAACUCUUGCAGCGUCCCCCUGGACCAACGCUCAGACGCUUGGCAAAUGACUUACAGUUACGACGGCACUGCGAUGUCCCAGGAGUCACGUCAUCCCCUUUGGCGACCGGCAAAGUCAAAUGGGGAAGCUGGAUUCAGUCAGUAACGGCAGUAAUUCAUUUAGCAACUUUGGCAGGAAAGGCUGUGAAAAAAGGGGCAAAACUCACUUAACAAGCGUCUCACUUAGCAACAUAAAGUUUGGGCUCAGUUGCGGUCGUAUGUCGAGGGCUACCUGUAUUUAUCCAAGCCCCCAUGCCUUUGUCUGGGUUCAGGAGACGAUAUAAGGGGAGGGGGGGCUCCUGAGCAAAGACGGCCCAGAAAACAACAACUAGCUGCUGUGGGUGGCAACUAGAGACCCAGGUUCAAAUUCCCAACGCUCAGUGAGCACUUUAAGGCCCUUUUUCCGGCCUCACUGAAAAGGAAACCACAUCUGCACCGAUAGAUAAACUUGUGAUUAACA